AGGAAAUGUACGCAUCGUUUUAUUUGAUGAGCAGCGCAAACUGGCACAUGUGGAAUACAUCAGCACAGAAUUUACCUCAGUCUCGAUCUGGAUUUAUCUCUUUAACAGGUCACCGUGAAUCAACCGGCAGAUGCAGUAGACGUCUGGCGCCAUGGCUUCAGAUGCAAGUCACAUGUUAGAAGCAGCCUUGGAACAAAUGGACGACAUCAUUGCUGGCUCCAAGGUUGCAGUUGAGUACAGUAAUGGGCUGUAUGAUCUGGGUUCCCCCGUGAGCAUCGGGCCGCUACAGAUUCUGCAGUUAGCCGAGGAGCUGCGAUUGGCUUUGGAGCUGCAGAUUGGAGAGGAGGACCGUACCUCGCUGCGCUCCCAGCUGCCCUGCACCACCGCACAGAUCCUCAUAAACUGGUUGGAGAAAGGCUCGGUUAACCAUCAGUCCUCCAGCAACAAUGAGACCUAUCAAGAGAGGUUGACGAGAUUAGAAGGGGACAAAGAGUCUCUCGUUCUCCAGGUGAGCGUCCUUACUGACCAGGUUGAAGCUCAAGGAGAAAAGAUCAGGGAUUUGGAAAGCUCCUUAGAAGAACACCACCAUAAACUUAAUUCUACGGAGGAAAUGCUCCAGCAGGAGCUCCUCAGCCGAACUUCACUGGAGACGCAGAAACUAGAACUGAUGGAUGAAGUUUCCUGUUUGAAACUCAAACUGGUCGGUAUGGAGGAGACACACAACCACAUCGAUGAAGAGGACAGACAUCAUAAAGCUGAGACUGUGGUUAACCUAAUAAGUGAACUGCAGGAGCAGAUGUGUAAAUUCCAGGAGGAAAUCAGCACUCGCAUUCAGGAACAGCGGGCCCUCGAGAGCCGGGGGGACGGCGUGGCACGCGAGGCUCACGACCAGAGUCCCGACGUGGGCCUUGGUGCCUCGGACGCCGAGGAAUGCAGCUGUCGCUCUAGAGUCGGAGGAGAGAAUGCUUUGCUGCAAGAGCUCCGCCUUCUUAAGACCAAAGUUGAUGAACUAGAAGGAGAGAAAUCGCAAUAUGAAAGGAAACUUAAAGCCACAAAGGUGGAGAUCGGUAAACUCCAGCAGUUGCUUGUCACAAAAGACGCAGAAAUCGAGCAUUUGCAGAACCAGCUUCAGACCAGAGGAUCCGUCAGCAGUGACAUCACAGAAAGAGAGGAAGUGUAUAAGAGAAAGCUGAGAGACAAACAUCAAGAAUUACAGAGGCUGAGAACAGGAAUGAAGACAUUGAUAGAUGCCAAUAAUGAAAAGGAUCGCCACAUAGAGGAGCUCAAUGUCUUGUUAGGCCAAUACAGACAAAUUAAAGGUGUAUCGACCCCUUCUCAAGUCAUCAAUGAUACAAAUUUGAGCGGCAGCAGUGAAGAAGACCUCAGUGGCUGUCGAAAAGUCCGACCACUCAGCCAUAAAGCAUACUCGGAUAUUGUCAGAUCGGAUCUGCAGAUGUCUUCACGAGGACAGUCACCGCUUCUGGUCUCUCCUUCAUCUCUACAAAGAGAGCUGGACUCCAGCUGUCGGUAUAUACAGCCCUUCAUGGAGACUACUGUGGUAUCCAAUGGUGAUUUGGAUUUUUACAACCGACAAUGGGCAAUUACACGAAUGCUGUCCACCAGCCUGGAAGAGCUUCAAAGUGGGAACUUACAGAUGCAUGUGGUGGGGCGACCAGUACAGGCUGUUUUAGAGAACCGUUAUCAUCCCGUAAACAACAAAUACCAGACCCUCCCAGGAAAGUUUAGCCGUCCGGAGCAGAACGGCGUGAGACUGCAGGCGUCUUCUCCGCUGCAGCUGUCUCCCGAUGAAAGCGAAGACAGUGAAUUUAACUUAAGAUCACGGGGAAAGCAUGAUCAAUUUGUUGUUGGAAAGUCAUCAGAGAAGGCAGACGACUCUGCGCUUUCAGAUUUUUCACCAAUAUCGUCUGGGGUGGAUUCAGGCCAGCAGUCCCCCGUUUCACCAGAGAACAAGAAGAACCAGAAAGGAUUCAGAAAACUGUGGGGAAAGAUCAGGAGAACCCAGUCAGGUGGUCUCCCUGCAGAUGGAUCUGAUUCCGAUUUUAAGAGAGGGGGCUUUAGGGCCACAGCUGGCCCUCGACUCACCUGCCUGGGCAUCAGUGGUUCUCCAAGUGAGAUAAAUGCUCCAUUCUCAAAGUGGUCAUGUGAUCAGGUCUGUGCUUGGCUGGAGGAUUUUGGGCUGGGUCACUACGUACAUAUGGCCAGACAGUGGGUCACUUGCGGACAGACGCUGCUUUCCGCGUCCUCGCAGGAUAUCGAGAAGGAGCUGGGAAUCAAACAUCCGCUACACAAGAAGAAACUUCAGCUGGCUUUGCGCUCCUUUAACACAAAGAUCACAGAGAAAUCUUCCGAAUUGGACCACGUCUGGGUCACACGUUGGCUUGAUGAUAUCGGUUUACCACAGUACAAGGACCAGUUUCAUGAUUCACGUGUGGACGGUCGAAUGCUGCAGUACUUAACAGUGAAUGAUCUGCUUUUCCUUAAAGUCACAAACCAACUGCAUCAUCUCAGCAUUAAGUGUGCCAUCCACGUCCUACAUGUAAACAAGUUUAACCCCAACUGCCUGAAGAGAAGACCUGGAGAUGAGAACAUGACAUCACCAUCUGAGGCAGUUCAGUGGUCCAAUCACCGCGUGAUGGAGUGGCUGAGAUCGGUUGAUCUAGCUGAAUACGCCCCUAAUCUGAGAGGCAGUGGAGUGCAUGGAGGGCUGAUCAUUUUGGAACCUCGUUUUAACUCCGAUACCCUCGCCCUGCUGCUGAAUAUCCCCCCUCAGAAGACUCUUUUAAGGAGGCAUCUGGCCACCAAGUUUAACACACUGGUGGGUUCUCAGGCCCAGCAGGAGAAACGAGAGUUCAUGGAAUCAUCGAGUUACACGCCGCUGAACACCACAGCAAAAGUUCGGCCACGUAAAAUGGGUUUCUCCACUUUCGGGCACCGCAAGAAACGUGGCGACGACUGCACAGACUACAUCUGUCCCCUGGACGCAUCCCAAGCGCAGGCCCUGCUUAACGGGGUCAGUCGACCCUACAGCGGCUUCAGGGGCCUGAGCCCCAUUUUCGACAGGGACCCAGAGAGGCGGGAGCAGAUGCUGCAUGAUAAAGGGGAAACAGAGAUUAAGACUUUGUCAAAAAGCAUUAGCAACCUCACAUACUUACUCCCCCAGAGGAGCUACUUGGAGGAAUGAGACGAACCCGGACCGCCGUAUAGUGUCAUCAGAUCGCACUGUAUUAACUCCCGCAGAGAACAUUCUGGAGUCGCAAAUCAGCCUAACCCUUGUCACACGCAGCCUUGAGCUGUCAGAAGCUUUAGGACUGAAGUGUGUAAUAGCACAGUAUUAAUAACACUUACUACACAUGGGUGUGGUGUGCUAUAACAGAGCAAUGGCACAUUCUCACAUCCUCCACCCAGCUCAAGACACAACCCUGUUAUUUUUUAUUUUAUUUAUUAUAACUAAUCAUGUGUGCUGUGUUUACAUGACAACAGUGUAGUGCAAACGUUUUUAUCCUUUUGAGUUUAUGAAAAAUUUGAGUUACACGCGGCAACGCUGUCUAAAAGAUCCGUGUUUACACAGAUCAUGAAGAUGACUUAAUACGCUGUAUUACAUGUGCCUGGCAGUAGAUGGCAAUGUUACCUUGUAAAGAAACACUACAAGUCUGCGCAAAUGUGCAUUCUUCUACCGAGCAAUAUAUAUACAAACAAUCGGAUGAUUAGGUAGGUUUAAUACUAUAAGUUACUCUGGGCUAAAAAGCACAAAUGUUUUGGACGUGCAUGACGUUACCAUCAUCAUAGAUUCGCAUUAACAUAGUUGUCAUGAGACGACAAUGCGUCAGUAUCAGAAACUUGCACUGAUGAAUUAAAACUGUCUUCAAAAGUUUGCACUUUCAGGAACACCGUUGUUGUGUUACCAAUCAGCUAAGCGACUUAAAAGUUUGUAACCUUUAUUUUUAAGUUUUUAUGAUCAGAUCUAUAUGUAAGAUCUACUAUUUUGUGUAAUAUGCAAAAGCAUAUUCUCACCGCAAGUCGUUUUAUAGUCAUAAAAAAUUUGAUUUAUUUGUGUCCAUGGCACAAAAUUCUGCUUUUUUUGUGCCUUGAGCAUGAAUGUCUAUUUCGUGUCAUUCAGCACAAUUUUAUAAAAAUAGAUUUAUGGCACGACUUUCUUUUUCGUGUUAUUUUAUGUAUUGUUUUCUCAUAUUUUUUCCUAUUUUUUUUAACAUUGUCGCUUAGGGUUGGGGUUAGAAUCACUUUCUCUUACAUUUUUAGAAAUCCUUACCCGAACCCCAAUUCUCACCCCAACUCCAGGCAGGAAUAGUUUUAAAAGCAGAAGAAAAAACAUGAAGAAACCAAUGCAUAAAAGUACAUCUUUACCCAAACCCCAA